GCAGGCGCAGUGCGGUCGGGCGGGCCUCGCGGGCACCGGUCAUUGUCUUGGCGGCGGGGCGCGCUUAGUUUAGAAGAGUGCUCUGUGUGACUGCUGUAAAUAGAAGCUGGGCUUCGCUGUGAAAAAGGAGACAAGCAUUAAAACAAAUGGAAAUAAAGCCAGCCCGCCCGUCCCCCGGUCACCGUGGGCAGUGGAGGGAUGGCUGCCCAGCUGCUGAGGGACGAGGCCCUGGAAUCAGUGACGUUCAGGGAUGUGACUGUGGACUUCACCCAGGAGGAGUGGCAGCAGCUGGAUCUGGCCCAGAGGGCCCUGUACAGAGAUGUGAUGCUGGAGAACUUCCGGAACCUGGUCUCACUGGACUUGGAGACUAGACCUGAAAUGAAAGAAUCGGAUCUGAAGGAGCACAUUUUGGAAGGCAGACCGUCGGUUGGGGUGGUUGCGGAAGGACCUCUGAGGAAUGGUGCCUGGGCAGAGAAGCGCAGAGGGCCGUCUGGAGCGCCUGGAAAUUUCCGGGGACUCGGCCUCCGAAUGUCGUGA